AUGGCGUGGAAUUCAAGCUUCUUUAUCAUCCUGGCCUCUUUGUAUUUCAAAGACCUCGCUAUUGCUAAAAAUCCGUGCAAGACAGGAGUUAGCGUACCCGGUAUGGCUCUCAAAGGAUUCGUCUUUAAAAAGGUCCCAGUAACAGCUCCUCACGUGUGCGAUGUCACCUGCGAGAGGGAGACGAUAUGUCAAAGCUACAAUUAUGUAAUUGGGGAAAAGUCCUGUGAAAUUAAAUACCCGAACCAAGGAAGCAAGGCCCGAAAAUUUCCAGCCAGAUGGUUUACGCUUUUACAUGGGACGCAUUAG